AGAAACUUCCAAGAAUUCAAGGAAAAAGUGAAACUGUAUGAAACUAUUUCCAAGAAACAACCUGUAAGAUGUAUCAAACCUUUCAAGACGAACAGAGAAUUUAUGAGACAUAAGGAAAAAAAUGGAUUUAAGAAGGAAUAUACAGAUAAAAGUAGUUAUCAAAAUAGAAGGUAUAAGCAAGAACUUUGUUAUAAUUGUGGAAGCCACGGUCAUAAAUCGAAAGACUGUCCAGACAAAAGUAAAGGCGUGAAAUGUUUUAGUUGUAAGAAAUUUGGUCAUUUAUCAUCGAACUGUCCUGACAAAAUUUCACAAAAAACUCAUACUCCUACUAAUGUAAAUACUAUGAAUAUAGUACCGCGAAAUGCAAUUAAAUUGACUUUCGACGAAAUUAAAUUAUUAGCAUUAUUUGAUACCGGUAGUGCCAGAAGCGCAAUUAGACAAGACGUGUACGAAUUAUAUUUCAGAGACGAUUUGCUUUCGAAGGAUAAUAUCUUAGUUAAAGGGAUAGGAUCAAAUCCAGUCAAAACAUUAGGUUCCAUCAGAAAAAAUGUGGAAAUAGACGGUGAAGAAUUUGAUUUAUUGUUUUAUAUUUUACCCAAACAGACGAUGAAUUUCCAAGUUAUAGUUGGAAAUAAUUUAUUGAAACAAGCGGAAGUACACAUAAGAGAAGAAGAAAUUGUUGUACACAAAAUAGAAAAAAAAUUCUUGAUGAAAAUCAGAGUUGAUGAGAGCAUAGUAGACGACAAGAUUCAUUCGAAGCAUAUAGACGAUGAAAAACACAGAAAGUUAGUGGAAAAAAUUAUUGGAGAUGUUAAGCCAAAAAAGACGAUGUCUACUAAUUUUGAAGUACACAAAGAUGAACAAUCGAUAUGCAUAAAACCGGAAAAGGAACAUGAAGAAAAACCACUUGAAGAGAAUGGAUUAUUAGGGAGAAUGAGAAUAGCUCGAAGAAUUAAGAUGAGAAAAAAGGAAGAUAUUGUGUUAGCAGAACUUAUAGAAAAAGAAGUAAGGAAACAGUUUGAGGAAGCCAGAGGAAAUUUGAGAGAAGAAUUACAAAAUGUGCACUUAAUGAAACUCCGAGACAGAAAUCGUAAAAAUCAUAGUGAAACAAGAAAGAAAGCUGUUGUUUACAAAGAAGGUGACAUAAUUACGAUUAGAAUAACUCAAUUUGGUGAUGGAUUAAAAGUCCAUAAGAAAUUUUUAGGACCAUAUGAAGUGAUCAAAGUGAAGAGAGAUGACAGAUAUGACGUAGUUAAGAUAGGAAACCACGAAGGACCCAUUCGGACAUCAACUUGUUCAGAGUAUAUGAAGCCUUAGUACAGUAUAAAUCCGAGUCGGAUUCUCAGUAGGAUGGCCGAGUGUGGGAUCCGAAUUCUUAACACCCAACUGAAUGAUACGCUACUGACUUGACGAUACGUAAACUACGGAGGACCAUGCAGUUUUAUCGAUAUAGGGAGACGUAAGGGGAAGAGGUACUUGAGACGGAAACUGGAGCACGAUACAUAUAGUCUAAGAGCUAGCAACGUUUUCGAGAGAGAAUUUCAGGUAGGCCAGUUUUUAGAUAUGCUAUCUCUCUCACUCCCCCGCACAUCAUACGGGCUAUCUGGCUGGCGGUAGUGGUUGCGUUCAUCAGUGCGCAUCCUACCUGUACAGGUAAAAUAUCGAUUUUUCAAAUCAUUUUAAGAAGUUUUUUUUUUUUUUUAUUAUUUUUAUUGAAUUUUUCGCAACAUGAAUAUAUUAUUGCCAGAUAUUUUUAUCGUUGUUUAAAUUGUGCCAGACGCUAAUUUUGAAUUGAAAAAAAAUUUUUUUUCAAAAUAUUUCAGUAUGGCUGAAAUUUUUAUAUGAUGUUAUUUAAGUAUCUAAAAACCUAAAAUUAAUUUGCCAAACAAUAAUUCGAUUGUUAAACCUUCAGCCAGACCGAUCUAAAAGUGAAAAGUGAUUGGGCAUGUUGGAAGAGUACAGACAAUCACGUGUUAGUUGCGCAAGCGAGAUAGACGACAGCAGCUGUUUGUAAUCAAGAUGGCGUCAGUUUAGUCACAUUGGUGUAUUCGUUGCUGUUAUUUUUAAUGUUUUUAACAAAAUUGCGUUACAAUGGCUAGCGAAAAAUUAAAAUGUGUUUUUUGUAAAGACAGAAAUGGAAAAAUAAUAACUUUUGUUGAAGAUAAAUUAAAAAAGUGUAAAGAAGUUCUACAAAUACGUGUAAAUUUUAAACUGAAAUAUAAUAGUGUACACUUACCGGAGCAAGUUAAUGACACUGAUGGAUAUCACAGAAAUUGUUACAGCAGUUUUACAGCUCUAAUGACAAAAUAUCGUAAUUUAUCUGAAAUUAAUUUCUCGUCAACAGUAGAUCUUUCCAGCACAUCUAGUUCAACUUCGUUAUCAAAUACGGCAGUAGAUGUUAGCAAAAUCCUGCCAGAUAAUACGUCUCAGAAUUCACAAACAGAAGUUGUUAUCCAAGAAAUUGACACUUCUAAUGCAAUUAUUGAGCCUGACAGUGUGGUAAAUAUAGAAACAAAUUCAGGUGUUAAACGAGUUUGUUUUUUUUUGUGGAAAAGAUCGCAAGCAAUCAAAAGGUAAACAACAAACUUUACACUCCUCAAAUGAUGCAAAUAUUUAUAAAAAAAUAGCAGAGUGGAUGACAAAAUUAAGUAAUCAAGAGUUAGACAAAAUAGAAAAUUUACAGUCAAAAAGUGAAAUUAUUUUUUAUCAUCAUUCGUGUGAUAUUUAAAUGAUUAUAAUAAAGUUAUUGCUGAUAAUCCACAAACUCCCUGGCAUGACAAUCGGAGUAUCCACCAGUGCAUUUUCAACCAAAUUGUAUCAUUAAUAGAGGAAGAAGUUAUCAACAAUAAAAAUUGUUUGUUGUUAUCUUCUCUUUGUGAUACAUACAAUAAUGAAUUAAAGCUUCAGUCUCAGUCAGAUGUAAAUUUAAUGACAAAUCAUUAUCUUGAGGAAAAAAUAUUUAAACAAUUUAAAAAAUCAAUUAAAAUUAUUUCAAAAAAUAAAAAAAAAGUUAUCAUGCACAAAGAUUGUAGUUUAUUAGAAGAUAAUGAUUUGACGAGACUCGAGGAAAAUGAGCUUAUUGAUAAAGUAGCUUUAGUCCUGCGGAACACCAUUUUAAAAAUGGACAAAUUAAAAUUACCUUCAAAAAUCAAGCCAAAUGAUUUGAUCAAUGGUGAAUGUACCAUUCCUGAAAAAUUAGAUCGAUUUUUUAAAGUAUUGAUUGGAGGCAAAGAUAUUCGUCGCAGAAAUGGUGUAAACUGUGAUCGAUUGAGCAACUCAAUCGCCUCUGAUACUAUUUUUUGUGUGACUAAUGUUACUAUUAAACCAUCAAAACAAAUAACUCUUGGUAUGACUGUUAAAAGUCUUACAAGUAGUAGAAGAAUCAUUAACAUUCUUAAUCGUUUUGGACAUUGCUGCAACUAUACUACACUGGAGGAGCUGGAAACUGAAGCUACUUAUUCAUCUGUACAUCGCUCUGAAAUUAGUCCACCUGACAUUAUUCGGAAAUCAUCAUUAUGCACAGGUGUAGCCUUCGAUAACUUCGAUAGAAGUGAUCAGUCCGACAUGUUACCACCACCAGCAAAAAGAAGACGAACCUUUGAAGCCAUUGUUCCUGAACUUGUUCCAAUUUCUGCCCGAUUGCAAAUGUUAGAACGAUUAACACCUAUUGAGAACAUAGAGCAAUAAAAAUAUAUAUUUUAAAGAAGCCCUUGUUAAUUUUUUUAUUGACCAUUGGGCUGGUGAUGAAAUGGAUCCUAUCAUUGGAGAUAAAAUAAUUUAUGUGAACUUCAACAAGUGCUAUUCAUACCGGGUUGAAAGUAAUAAAGUUAUUAAAAUUGUUGAAGAUUCAUUGUCUUGCGAAGAACACGAAGAAGCCGAUUCUCGAAUAAUAUAUCACAUUUGCCAAAUAAAUGUCGAUGGUGAAGUUGUGAUACGCUGCUCAGACACAGAUAUUUUAAUAAUACUUCUUGGUAACAUGCAUCAUUUGAAUGCAUCACUAAAAAUCUGGGUAAAUUUGGGCGUAGGGAAUCACGAGCGAUUUAUAAGCGUCAAUCAAGUGCACGAAAUUCUAGGGAAUUCUUUAUCGAAAGCUCUACCGUGCUUUCAUGCACUCACAGGAUGCGACUAUACACCAGCUUUUUUCCGGAAAGGUAAACUUCGACCUUUUAAACUGUUAGAGCAGUCAGAAGAGUAUCAAUUAGCCUGUCAAAAUAUUAUAACAGAUGAUGAAGAAUUGCUGGAUGAGACAUUUAGGAUCUUAGAAAAGUUUAUUUGUCACAUUUACGGAGCUCGUGAUUCUUGGAACGUCAAUGAAGUUCGGUUUCAUCUGUUUUCAAACACUUAUCGGUCUAAAAAAUCAGAUGAUAAUUUUGAAAAAAAAUUUCGUAAUUUUGAUCCAUCAAGCCUACCACCAUGCAAAGCUGAAUUGUAUCAGCAUUUACUACGAAUUCGUUACGUUACAAAGUUUUGGAGAAAUGCUCAUUUACAACACCCAACAUCUCUAUCACCUCAAGCUUCUGGCUGGACCAUAAAUGACGAUAAAUAUGAUUUUAUCUGGUUUGUUGGAGAGCAGUUACCAUCAUUUAUUGCCGACAUUAUCAUUAAAGAUAAUAGCUUAUCACAAGACGAUGAUAAUCCAAAAGACGACGAUGGCAAUGAAAAUGACAGUAGUGAUGAAGAUGAUGAUAAUUAUCAAGAUGCCUCCGUUUUUUGUGACACAAUUAUGGAUUAAAAAAUAUAAUUUUUGUUUACUUUCAUCCUUGAGAUAGAUUAUUACCUUAAUUUUGCACAAAAAUAAAUAAUUAUUUUAAUGCUA